AUCCAUUUAUGAGCUGGCACUAAUAGAAGUAUAGAAACAAAGUGUUGUCAUAUCCAAAACUAACAAAGUGAGAUAUUUUGUUGAAAAAAUCAUCAGAUUUUCAGCUUUAAGAUAGCUCUUUUUCUGUAAUUAUUCAUUUUUACUUGAUUUUUGUUAAAGGGGAGAAAUUAAAAAAUGGGAGUGAUAGAUCAUCUUUCUGACAUGUUUGAUUGCUCUGGCGGCCAUGGUCACAGCCACAAGAAACGCAAGCAGCUUCAGACGGUAGAGAUUAAGGUGAAGAUAGACUGUGAAGGAUGCGAGAGAAAAGUAAGAAGGGCAGUAGAAGGGAUGGAAGGAGUAACCCAAGUCGACAUAGAGCCCAAGCAGCACAAGCUUACAGUCACAGGAUAUGUCGAGCCGAAAAAGGUGUUGGCACGCGUCAAGCAUCGAACGGGCAAGAGAGCAGAGUUCUGGCCUUAUGUCCCAUACGAUGUGGUCGCGCACCCUUACGCCCCUGGGGUGUACGACAGGAAAGCACCGGCUGGGUAUGUGAGGAACGAUUAUAAUGAUCCUCGUGUCAAUCAGUUGGCUCGUAUGAGCUCGACUGAGGUGCGCUACACCACAGCAUUCAGUGAUGAGAACACUAAUGCAUGUUCUAUUAUGUGAUUGUUCAAUAUAUUGUGAAAGGACAAGUAAUUUUCUUAGUACAUUUCGUACGUGAACGAGACUCUUUUUUCUUUGGUUGGUUUUGGUAAUUAGGUUUAUAUUUGGACAUAUUUGUACUAUAUUUUAAUAUUGUGGAUUGGUGUGAUCAAUUUUUUUCCCUGUCUAAAGCCAAUGUUUUAACUGAUCAAACAUUAUUUUGUUAUUUCAGAUGAUUGAGUUGUCUUUUUUGUGGAAUAUAGGCAACCCGUGCAA